CAGCAGCACGAGACCCGUGAUUUCACUGGAACUGUGUUACACAAGGAGGAUGGAUGACGUAGAUGACGACGACAAUCUUUUUGAUGCUGCUAUCCAACUGAGCAUCCAAGAGUCUUGUAAUGACAUCGCCUCCCUUGGAAGUGUGGAACAUCAAAAAAUCUUGGAUGCAAUCUUCCGAGGAGAUCUUUUCGCUCUGGAGAAGCUGUCCGAUUAUCCUGCUGCAUUCACUGAGGUGGACAGCAGAGGAUGGUACCCGCUCCACAGAGCUGCUGUCCAACAGUCUGUACAGGUGCUGGAGAUGGUCAUUUAUGGUUCUUACAGAUUAUCGUUAGAGAAAGAAACUGCAGAUGGAGAGACGCCAUUGAUUUUGUCCAUUCAAGCGGGUCUGGUGGAGAAUGUGAGGACCCUGCUUGAACAUGGAGCUUCACCCAACCGGACCAACAGCAAGAACGAGUCUCCCCUAUUACUGGCUGUAAGAACCGAUUCAUUUGAAAUAGCUUACACACUUCUAUCACGAGGCGCAUCCGUGAACCAAGCCUGCCUUAAAAAGUGGACCUCUGUUCACGAAGCUGCCAAGGUGGGCUGCACUGACAUUCUUCAGCUCCUGCUUCAGCGUGGAGGCGACAUAUCUGAGGUAGACCAGAAUGACAUGACGCCUAUGGAGAUUGCCGCAGAAAAUGCCCGACCAGAAGUGUUGGACAUCCUCAUUCACUACGGAGGUGAUGUAAACGCCCAGGCACCAAACGGAGACAGUGUUUUAUAUGACGCUGCUGGCUCUGGCAAUCCUGACUGCAUUGAGCUUCUACUUCAACAUGGAGCUGAUCCCAACAUAGCUAAUCUUUCCUCACGGUUGCCGAUCCACCGCGCGGCUUACGAAGGGCAUUACCUGGCGCUGAGAAUGCUCAUCCCCGUAACCACAACAGAAGCUCUCCAUCUCUCAGGCCAGAGCCCCGUUCAUUCAGCGGCAGACGGAGGUCAUAUCCAGUGUCUGGAAUUCCUGCUGGAGAAAGGCUUCGAUGUCAAUGCUCUUCUGGACACGCAUGUCUCCGAGACCUAUGGCGACAUGAGACAGACCGCCUUAUACUCUGCUGUCUCCAAUGGAGACGUGAGCAGCACUCAGAUGCUGUUAAACGCUGGGGCCAGAACGGACCUGGAUCCUCUGCACUGCCUCCUAGUGGCGGUGAGAUCCGGGAGUUACGAGAUUGUCAAGUUGCUCUUGGCCAGACAGGCUGAUGUGAACUGUUACUUCACGAUGGUCAACGACACAGUGUUCCCUACUGCACUACAAUACUGUCUGAAGGACGAGAUGAUGAUGCGACUGCUUUUAAACAGCGGUUAUCAUGCGGAAAAAUGCUUCUGGUGUCAUCAUGAUUUAACAUGGGGGAAUUACUCAGAACAUCCAAAUGAGACGAUCCCAUUCUGUGAUUUUAUCAGCGUGUCUUCGCUCGUCCAGCUCUCCGGACGAGCUGUACGGGUUCUCUUGGAUUAUGUCAGUCAUGUUCCCAUCUGCUCAAAGCUGAAGAUGGUUCUGAUGAAGCACAAAGAGUGGUCAGACAUCUCAGACAUGUUGGGAAACCCUCGUUCAUUGAAGCAUCUAAGCAGACUAGUCAUCAGGAGAGAGAUGACCCCACGCAGGCUGGGUGAUCCUGACUUCAUAAACUCAGGUCCUUUCCCACCUGGACUGAAAAGCUAUCUGACGUACAAAGAGUAUGAUCUGUAUGGAAGAAUCAGUGUCAGGGCAGCAUGGAUGAGAGCCAGACAGAUAAGUGAAGAGAUUGUGGAUGUUGAAGACAAGGGUGGACUACUAACAAAAUUGUGACGGAAAGAAACACUAGGUCAAGCAACAGGAAUUUCA